CUUCCCUUGGGGCUUUAAAAACCACAGCCCUUGGGCAGAAGGGACCUUCGAUCCUCGGGGAGCCCAGGAGACCAGAACAUGGACUUCUUCAAUAAUACCAGCCCUGAUUAUGGGCACUACGAUGACAACGAUAACCUGGACCUCAACACCCCUGUGGAUAAAACUUCUAACACGCUGCGUGUUCCAGACAUCCUGGCCUUGGUCAUCUUUGCAGUCGUCUUCCUGGUGGGAGUGCUGGGCAAUGCCCUGGUGGUCUGGGUGACGGCAUUCGAGGUCAAACGGACCAUCAAUGCCAUCUGGUUCCUCAAUUUGGCGGUAGCCGACUUCCUCUCCUGCCUGGCGCUGCCCAUCUUGUUCACGUCCAUUGUACAGCAUCACCACUGGCCCUUCGGCGCGGCCGCCUGCAGCAUCCUGCCCUCCCUCAUCCUGCUCAACAUGUACGCCAGCAUCCUGCUGCUGGCCACCAUCAGCGCCGACCGCUUUCUGCUGGUGUUUAACCCUAUCUGGUGCCAGAACUUCCGAGGGGCCGGCUUGGCCUGGAUCGCCUGUGCCGUGGCUUGGGGUUUAGCCCUGCUGCUGACCAUACCCUCCUUCCUGUACCGGGUGGUCCAGGAGGAGUACUUUCCACGAAAGGUGUUGUGUGGCGUGGACUACAGCAACGACAAACGGCGGGAGCGAGCCGUGGCCAUCAUCCGGCUGGUCCUGGGCUUCCUGUGGCCUCUACUCACGCUCACAAUCUGUUACACCUUCCUUCUGCUCCGGACGUGGAGCCGCAGGGCCACAAGGUCCACCAAGACACUCAAGGUGGUGGUGGCGGUGGUGGCCAGUUUCUUUAUCUUCUGGUUGCCCUACCAGGUGACGGGGAUAAUGAUGUCCUUACUGGAGCCGUCGUCACCCACCUUCCUGCUGCUGAAGAAGCUGGACUCCCUGUGUAUCUCCUUUGCCUACAUCAACUGCUGCAUCAACCCCAUCAUCUAUGUGGUGGCCGGCCACGGCUUCCAGGGCCGACUGCGGAAAUCCCUCCCCGGCCUUCUCCGGAAUGUGUUGACUGAAGAGUCCGUGGUCAGGGAGAGCAAGUCAUUCACGCGCUCCACAGUGGACACUGUGGCCGAGAAGACCCAGGCGGUGUAGGUGACAGCUUCAUGGGCCACUGUGGCCCGAUGUCCCCUUCCUUCCUGGCCACUCUCCUUCUGCUUGUUUUCACUCCGCUCUUCGUGGGAUGGCGUUACCUUAGCUAACUAACUCUCCUCCACGUCGCCCGUCUUUCCCAGACUUGUCCCUCCUUUUCCAGCGGAACUCUUCUCAUCCUUCCUCAUUUGCAAGGUGAACACUUCCUUCUGGGGAGGCCCCCCACCCCGCCACACACACACUGUCUUUCCAUCCCAGGCUUUCGAAAAACAAACAGAAACCCGUGUAUCUGGGGUAUUUCCAUAUGGCAAUAGGUGUGAACAGGGAACUCAGAAUACAGACAAAUAGAAAGAUUCUCGCUUAAAAAAACGUAUUUAUUUUAUGGCGAGUUGGAAAAAAUGUGACUGGAAUCUCAAAAGUUCUUUGGGACAAAACAGAAGUCCGUGGAAUUAUCUAAGCUCUUGUAAGUGAGUUGAUUU